UAAUCAAAAUUUUUUAAAUGUGAAGUUUUCCCAAAAAAAUAAACUUUGUGAGGUGUUUUUCUCAGUGUGUGUGGUUUGUUUAUAAGUGAAAUUUUUUUUAAAUGUUUUUUUUUGUGUGUGAAAUUUGAAAGGUAAAUAAUCUGUGCGGACGAAUACAUGGAUUCAAACGUAUCAGUAGCGACAUCCAUACGACCAAAUAACAACCAUACAUCGGAUAAAAGUAUGGAAAAAAUGACACACAUAUCGUCAUCAUCAAAGAACAAUAACACAUCAAACAAUUGUAGUACGGAGACCCAGGUAGAAACGGGUGGUGGAGGCGCGGGUCCAGGUGGUGGAGGUCAUAAAAACGGCACAGCUGAUACUUCAUCCGAUGAAAGUGACAUCGAAGACGACCUUGUGUCAGCUAUCCAUUAUAACACAAUUUCAUCACUUGCAGCACUUAAAGAUAUGUUACAAAUGGAAGGAGAAGAUGAUGAAGGCGAUUCCGAAACAGGAACGUUCUUCAAGCAUUACUUCCUGAAACAUAUGAACGCCUUACCUUCCCGAAACUUAUGUUCGCCCUUCAACUACGAUCGACGUCGCUUAUCUGAAUGUCGAGAAGAGGAUGAAGACGAAGAACAAAAAGACUCACAGAAUCAUCAACCGCCGCCGACUCCGGGUAAUUCGGCGGCAACAACUAGUGGUAGUGAAAAAAGUUUAUCGGAUGCAUCCUCAAAUGCAUCCAAACAAUCUAUGGAUAAAACACCACAAGUUCCACAAACACAAGUGAGUGAGAAAAUUUUAACAGGACCUAAACAUAAAUUUAUUGUGACCAAAACACAGACUCAAACACAAAUUGCGCAAGCAUUACGACGACGACCGUAUAAUCAAGCGUACACAGUGCAUUUUCCAACGACGUCAGAUACAUAUCGACCAUCGGUACAGGGUAUUUUUAAUCGUGCAUCACCAUUGCCAAGUCCACAUUUAGAUAAACGUUUUUUUGAUCAAUCAUUAAUUGAAAUGAAAUCACAAGCAUCCAGUACGUCCACAUUGGAUGAUUCAUCAAUUAUUGACGAAGUGUGGGUGAAACGUACUGGUGAUUCAACGCCGAUAGCAAAUGUUGCUAAUAAAAAAAAAGAACUUGGAUCUCAGCCAUUACCGACAAUAAAUGUGACAGAAGAUGUUGACAAUCAAACACGUCCACGUUCCGGUAGCUGGGGUUCAAAUUCACGUAGUAGCAACAAAAAGGGUUCCGAAAACUCAUCAAAAGAGGAUGGUAUUAAUAAACAAUCCUCUUCCUCAAAUAAAAAUAAAAAGAGUGGAAGUCGUUCGGGAUCAGCAUCACGAUCCAGUUCUCAGGAACGUCGUAAAUCUGGUGAUCGUGAUGAUCAAAUGCCAAGUCCGUCACGUAAACAAAAUAUAUUUGAUGCUUUUCGUCCUCGUUCGAAAUCGGAUGCUAGCAAAAAUAAAAAACAAGGAACACUUAUGUCUCACAUGAAAAGUGCUAUGCAAGUAUUAUUUUCGGGUAGUUCUUCACCAUCACAUGAAAUGCAUCGUACUGCAACACACUCAUUUAUGCCCAUACAUUCACGGCACCAUCAUAAAGUGGCCAAAGAUGGUUCAGCUCAUCCUGUUAUACGUGAUGCAGAUAAUUCAGAUCCACAGUAUUAUCAUACUGUGACAGCGGCUGUGAGUAGACCACGUGGUGAUCCAUCCAGAUCACCGAUGACACGUGUUAUGGAUAUAUUCCGCAAUCGAUCACAUUCAACGGCUCAAGUGACGGAGGAUAAACGGAAGAACCGUGCAGCACAAGUUCAACAGCAAAGUGCGCAUUUACGAAGAACAUCAUUAGAUCCAGAUCGACGCAGACUCUCUUUAGGUACAACAGUACCGCAUCGAGCGUCGGAUGCCUUUUUGGAUCCACACCAUGCAGCUAUACUAUUCCGUGAUUCUAGAGGAUUGCCGGUAGCAGAUCCAUUUUUAGAAAAAGUCAGCAUAUCUGAUUUGGAGGAGGAUGAAUCCCAAAUAUUUGUGAAAUUUUUUAAAUUUCAUAAAUGUUACGACCUAAUACCUACUUCAGCCAAAUUAGUAGUUUUCGAUACUCAAUUGCUUGUGAAAAAGGCAUUUUUUGCAUUAGUCUAUAAUGGUGUAAGAGCAGCCCCACUUUGGGAUAGUGUCCAACAGCAAUUUAUUGGAAUGUUAACAAUAACAGAUUUUAUUAAAAUAUUACAAAUGUACUAUACAUCGCCAGAUGUAACAAUGGAUGAGUUAGAGGAGCAUAAAUUGGAUACUUGGAGAAAAGUACUGAAAGACACAGAUAUGCCACUUGUGAGCAUCGGUCCAGAUGCAUCGUUAUUUGAUGCAAUACGAACAUUAAUACAUAAUCGAAUUCAUCGAUUGCCAGUAAUUGAUCCUGAAACGGGGAAUGUUUUAUAUAUUUUAACUCACAAACGCAUAUUACGCUUUUUAUUUUUGUAUAUAAAUGAGUUACCUAAGCCUAGUUACAUGAAUAAAUCAUUACGAGAGGUGCGAAUUGGAACUUAUGACAAUAUUGAAACAGCAUCAGAAGAUACUUCACUUAUAUUAGCACUUAAAAAAUUCGUUGAACGAAGAGUAUCCGCUUUACCUAUAAUAGAUAAUGAAGGCAAAUUAGUUGAUAUUUAUGCUAAAUUCGAUGUUAUUAAUCUAGCUGCUGAAAAAACUUAUAAUGAUUUAGAUGUAUCGUUAAAAAAGGCAAACGAACAUCGUAACGAAUGGUUCGAAGGUGUACAUAAAUGUAAAUUAGAUGAAACAUUAUUUGCAAUAAUGGAACGAAUUGUUCGAGCUGAGGUUCAUCGAUUGGUUGUUGUCGAUGAUGAUGAUAAAGUUAUUGGUAUUAUAUCUUUAUCAGAUUUACUUUUGUACCUGGUUUUGAGGCCUUGUGGUGAAGGUGAAGGUUCUCCCGAUUCUGGAAGCUAUACAUCAUUACGUUUACAGGAUCCAACAUUAUCUCCACCAACAAAUUUGAAUCAAGCAUCAUCAGUACCAAAUUUAGCCGCUGUAACUGAUGAAAUUGAAGUACCAAUUAUAGAAGAAGAUUGUAACGAAGAAAUCGAGGAUAUAUUAGAAAAUGUGGAGAAUGAAGAUGAAGAAGAAUGUAUUGAAGAAGAGGAAAGUAUGAAAAGUGCACCUUCGUCGCCACAAUUAGAUACAUCCAUAACAACAGACGGUACACCACACUAUCGGGAAGUAACAGUCUCUGGAGGAGAGUAAACAAAAAAGAAAAAAAAACAAAUACAUUAAAUCAAUCUUAAUCAUUAAGAGUUCUGGCUUGUGUCUGUAGGUAAGAAAAGCUAAGAAAAUGGAUGUUACGGGUUCAAAAAACAAACAAAAAAUCACCUUUUGUGUGUGUAUUUUUUCGUCGAAGUAAGUCGCGUCUCAAAAAUGAUAAUCGCGUCAUUUUUUUUAAUUUGUAUGAAAACUUUUAUUUCUUAUAUAUUUAAAAAAAAAUUAUAUAUAUAUAUACAUACAGGAUGUUUCAUUCUAGCUGGCAUAAUUUAUAAUCACUUAAUAUCUCGAAAACAACUUAUUUCAUGUGAAAAGACCCACUUUUCACAUGGAUUUUUCUAAACAAAUAAGAUGAGGGUGUGGAACAAAAAGGUAAAAGUACUGGAAAUCAUAAAAAUAGACUCACGCAAUUGAAACAGGAAUUUAAAUCACCGUAUUCAAUUCUUUUUGAAAGACGCUUUCCAGUAUUGUAUUAAACGACUAUUUUGUUUUAUUGACAAAGUCGCCUCAAAAGAAGUAUUGAGGAUUGACAAUUUUAUUUUUAUAUGCAAAAAGAAAGAGCCUCAGACAAAAUUCACGAUUUUUGUAUCAUAAUUCUGAUCGUUUUGAGAAUUUUCUUCACGAAAACGCUUCACUAUAGUGAAAUAGUGUUUUUUGUUUGAGAAUGUGACAUUUUGGGGCAAAUUCGUGAUCACCUUUACUAUUUUAACGCCUUUUAUCACUCAAACCUUGUGUAUUUGAUAAUACUGAUUGACCAUGAGCUUUUUCUAACAUUUUAAGACACAAAAUAUUGUCAAUAUAAAAUUUGCGGCGAAAAUGAUUUGAUUCAACAAACUUUUGUAAUAAAAAUGGUUGGCUGUGCCUGUACUGGACAUCCCUGUACUUUUUUUUUACAGAAUUAUGCUCAAUUAAGUCUCUGUACAAUUAAGUCUCUGUUUUAGAAAUAUUAAGAUGAUGCAAGUAAUGCCAACUUAAAUGAAACAGCCAUUAUAUAUUGUACCUCUUAAAAAUAUUUUUAACAAAAAAAAAAUAGCCAAAAAUAGUACUAUUCAUCAGUAUAAUACUAAUUAAAAAUGAAUAAUUAAGUCUU